GGAACUUCUGAAUUGAGAGGUUCGAUGGUACAGAUUUCAGUUGGUGAAAGAUGCAAAUUGAAGAUUUGCUGGUUUAGAAAGAUUUGGACGUGGUAUUGGGUGACAAGCCAGAAAAGAUGUCGGAUGCAGAUUGGGCACGUUUGGAUCAAAAAGCUAUGUCCGUGAUCCGUCUCUCGUUGACCAAGAAUGUUGCGUUCAACAUUCUGAAGGAGAAGACAGCGAAGGGAAUUAUGGAAGCGUUGUCUAACAUGUACGAGAAGCCAUCUGCAGCGAACAAAAUUUUUCUGAUAAGAGAGCUGGUGAACACAAGGAUGAGAGAAGGCACUUCAGUUACCGAGCAUAUCAACAAGUUGAAUUCGAUCUUAGCCAGACUUUUGUCAGUGGGCAUUAAGUUCGAUGAUGAAGUUCAAGCUUUGCUACUGCUAUCAUCUUUACCUGAUAGUUGGUCCGGAACGGUCACAACGGUUACCGAUUCAGUGGGACCUGAUGGAUUCACCUUUGAUCAGAUUCGAGAUCUCGUUGUUGGCAAGGAUGUGAGAAGAAAGAGUUCGGAGGAGUCAUCUGGUGAAUUGCUUCAUGUUGGUAGAGGUAGAAGAAAUAGCAGAGGUAGUGGGAGCAGGAACAGACAAAGGAGUCAGUCGAAGACUCGUGACAGCUCAGGUGUAACGUGCUCGAAGUGCAAGGAGGUAGGGAAUUUUAGGAAUCAAUGUCCGAAUGAUAAGAAAGUAAACAUUGCUCAAGGCUCUGCGAGUGACGAGGAGGUCGCUCUGACUUGCUAUGAGGAAAACAAUGUGGAUUCCUGUGUCAUGGAUUCUAGUGCUUCAUUUCAUGCCACCCACAGCGGUGAAGCAUUGCAGAAUGUGGUUAUUAGAGACUUUGGAAAGGUACGACUAGCAGACGACAGAGCUCUUGAUGUGACGGGCAUGGGUGACAUAGUGCUGGAGACCCCAGUCGGUUUCCGGACUUUGAAGGAUGUCAAAGUUGUUCCAGCCUUGAAGAAAAGUUUGAUUUCUGUCAAGCAGUUGGACGAACAAGGACACAAGGUGAAGUUUAGAGAUGGGCAAUGGAAGGUUGUGAAGGGAAAUCUUGUCAUGGCCCGUGGAAGGAAGAGAGGUUCAUUGUAUAUGAUCAAGUUCCCAUAUGAGGGAGUGACCGUCCCAGUUCAGAAGAAAAUGAAGUCCGAUUCACAGAGUCUCGUGGGCAGAAUAAGGUUGUCUGUGCAAGAGAGAAACCUAGAGCCACUGGUCAGACUCAGGAUGAACGAGCGUGGGAAGGUUCAAGGGGGCCAGUCAGAGGAUGUUCCAGGAUCCGGCAGUGUGCGCCUGCAGUGGGAGCCGUUAGGGACCGAGGACGAGGCCACUGCAACAAGAGAGCUGAGGAAGAUUACUCGAUGUACAGGGAAUCGUGGUGGAUGGCAGUUGAUGACUAUCAAGCCUCCAAGUGGGAGAAUGUUGGGUGAAACACCCAAAGAUGAUGCAUUAAGAAGCAACCCAACUACUGAUUAUUUUGAAGAUGCUGAGGAACUAUCCACGGAGGACCAUCUGGACCGUUCCUGGAGGAACGGUCGACCACCGGGAAAUGGAGACGCAGAAGACCUACAGACGGUCGACCUAGUGGACCGUGCUGAUGACCACGGUCGAUCGUCGGAAGGGCAGAAUGACGGGUCUUCAGGAGAUGAAUCAAUGGUCGACCGCGUCAUAGAGGACGGUCGACCGUCCCCGAGGCAGAAACUUGAUGAUCCAGCGCAGCUACAGACGGUCGACCCCGUGGACCGUUCCACGAAUGGCGGUCGACUGUCCACUUUCCAGUAGGCAGUGGAGAGGCUGGGGCGUAGUCAACGAGAAAGACGCCCAAAUGCCCUUAAACUAUAAAUAGUUUAAUGCAGAACACAAGAAUCGAUAAUCCACCCUAUGAGUCAUGUGGAUUACGUACCAACCGAACAGUGAACUGUCGGGUGGGUGAUAUCCGUUCUGGAUCCCUCAUUAGAUAUAUCUAGGGGUUUACCUCGAAGCGUAAGGUAGGUUUUGACGAUUUUCCGGCGAAACUUCCGGCGACUCUAUCUUACUGCUCCGACGACCUCACACAAAGAUGACAGCACCACUGCGUUCUACACACUCAAAGCUAACUCUCAGAAGCAAUUUGGAAAGAAAUGGUGAAGAAUUGGGUAGGAAGAGGUGGUCCUUAUAUAGCCUUAGUGAAGAGGAAGCAGACACGGUGAUGACAUCCUUUCG